AUGACCCAUUUGAUCUACCGGGCCAAGCUGGAGCUCGUGGAUAGCGACCGUGGGCUGGACAGGUGGCAAGCAGACGACCCCUCAAGCCACCGCUACUAUGCCAUGUAUGGGCAUUUUGAGUGGCCGGGAGACGAGUUUUGCGGCAACGCCGUGCUGCCGCGCAACCUCGAGGGGCGGCUCGCCUUCUCUCUCCGGGGACAUGUCUACGGGGACAAGUCUACGGGGCAAGUGGCCUUUUACGGCAUUACCAUCACCCACUACGACGCGCCGGCACUGCGCACCAGCGUCCCCGGCGACUACGAUUCCACCCAUGUGGACUGUAGCGCGGGCGCUGGGGAGGCCGCGUGCUGGCUGACAGCGGAACAAAAGGCGGCCAUCUUGCGCUUCCUGCAAGAAGAGUUGGGCUACCAUGGCCCCUACGAGUGGGUCGUCGCCCUCAACACGGCCUGA